CGCCGGAUUGAGCUCAGCCACAUCACAUUCCUUGCCAAGGACGGCAAGGAUAACUUUGGUAAGGCCGUGUUGGCAGAGACUAAGACCACUAAGCAACUUUAUGCAAUCAAGGUGCUUGAGAAGGAGUUUAUUAUCGAGAACGACAAGGUUAAGAGCACACAUUAUGAGAAGCGCAUUUUCUUAAUUGCAACCAAGGAUUGUCAUUCCUUCUUGUAUAACCUGCACGCUUGUUUUCGGACCGAGACCAAGAUUUUUUCCGUGAUGAGGACAUCAGCGGUGGUGAUUUGA